UCAUGUCUGAAAACGGUAAAAUUAGAGCAAGCAGCACAGGAAUUAGUGAUACUAAGCAGGAAAAGUGAUUUAAAGAGUUUUAGGAGUAGAUAAUAAAUAUUUGACAAAAAGAGAGAUCUAACUCAACAAGAGAAGAAAUGAGAGAAUAAGAAGCAAUUUUAGUGCAAAAAGAAGUAGUAUCAUUAAAAGUAUCUCCGCAAGAAAGGAUCUUACCAAAUUAAAGGAAUUGGUACCUUGAGAAUCUUGGAAUUGAUGCACAAAACAUUUGAAGAAAAUAUUAAAGGAAGUUCAGAUAAAAUAGCCAAAAUGAGAAGAGAAUACACAAUUGAAUGCCAGAACUAGAAGUUCAAUGCUAUUCACCUGGGAGAUAAAACAGCUGGAACAAUAUUGAGCCUAGUGUCUCAUAUCCAAAACACUUGUGUUAGCACAAAAAUAAAAACAUUGGAAGGAAUUUCCAAACUGGAGUUGCGAUGUUAGGAGCCCUAUUUGAAAUACUUAAAGACUUGAAUACAAUAAGAGAGGAUAAUGAGAAUGAAAAGAAGAUAGAGAAAUUGAAUUUAGAUAUCAAUAAUAUGAAGGUCGGAUUCAAACCAGAGAAAGUUUCAAAUUCCCCAUAGUCUUUGAAAUUUCACCCUCUUCAGAAAGAUCUCUGAAGGAAAUAGGUAUUGGUAUGAAUGAGGAGUCAAAACAAAACAUGAAGAGAACAGAAAUAUUUAGCUAGGUAGAGGAAAAAGUCUUUGGAAAACAAAUGAAGAAUAAUCAGGUUCACAAGGUUGGAAAGAAUAUACAUGGUGGAUGGUAAAUAUCAGAGAAUAAUGGAGUGUAAAUGUACAAACUUUAAGAGUUCAGAUAGAAUAACCCAACGAAGAAAUAGAUAUGACAGUAGGCCUUAUAGAAAAAUGCAUUGAAAAGAUUUAACCAUCAUAGAAGACGCUAUCCAGUUUAGAAUGAUCGGAAUGAUUUUUAUGGUUAUCAAGAGUAUUAUCUUUCCCAGAAUCAUAGAUAAAACACAAGGAGAGUAUGGCUAUAAUGAGCCUUAUUACUUUUAAGCAUAAAGGAAAUAUUUAUAAAAAUGACGUCUGAGAAGAAGGUCUACUGUCGUAAAACUCAACUCUCCCAAAAAUGGUCAAUUUUGGAAGGGUAAAUGCUGACUUAAAGAUAGGGACAUUAAAUUUCAAUGGGCUAACUAGUAGAGAAACUACAUCAAUUAUCCCAGUACUUUAUUGCUGAAGAUUUGGAUAUCCUAAUGAUUAAAGAAACACAUAGAGUGGAAGAACAACUUAAAUUACAGAUAGCAAUGAUAAGAUGGAAGAAGGGAUGGAGUUGCUGUUUUCUACAAUAAAAAGAGGUUUAUUAUAAUUAACAAUGUAUUCCUCACUUUUAUGAAAAAUUUGCUUACUGAGAUUGAUAUAGGAAUUUCAGUCCAACAUUUUUUGAAGUUUGAGAGAAAUUUGAAUAUUUCGAGUCCAUUCAGAGUAAGAAUUGAGAUACUAUCUCUGAGAAAUCAACAGAGUGUUUCGACAAAUGUAUAAAGUAAAUUAUCUUCAUCUUUAAUCAAUUUGUUAAAAA